GAGCUGAGAUCAUGCCACUGCACUCUAGCCUGGGCAACAGAGUGAGAUCCUGUCUCAAUAAAGAGAGAAAGUAAUAAUAAAGCAAAGAAUUCAGUUGGUACGUUCACAGUGUUGUACAACCAUUACCUCUGUCUAGUUUCAAAACAUUUCCUCACCCCUACAGAAAACCCCAUACUCCGUAAGCAGUCACUCCUCAUUCCCCCAGUGUGCACUUUGUGUUUGGCUUCUGCACAGCCUGCUUUCAAGAUUCAUCCGUGUUGCAUGUCUGUCAGGAGCUGGCCCCUCUCUAAUGCUGAGUGUCUGUUAUGAACCUCCCUGAACAUUUCUAACAUAUACUCCAUCAGUUCAGAAUUUUUCCAUGCUUAUUUCAGGUCUAAGCUGUUGUACCAAGGAGCCCCCAAAACACAGUGGCCCAAGAAAGAUACAAAUUGAUUUCUCCACAUAACGCUUUGGAAGAUAGUAGAGACAGGGUUUCACCAUGUUGAUAAGGCUGGUCUCAAACUCCUGACCUCAAGUGAUCCACCCGCCUCAGCCUCUCAAAGUGCUGGGAUUAUAGGUGCGAGCCACUGCGCCCAGCUGGGUACAGGAUGGAUGGCAAGCGGCGGCCAGGCCCAGGGCCCGGGGUGCCCCCAAAGCGGGCCCGUGGGGGCCUCUGGGAUGAUGAUGACGCACCUCGGCCAUCCCAAUUCGAGGAGGACCUGGCACUGAUGGAGGAGAUGGAGGCAGAACACAGGCUGCAGGAGCAGGAGGAGGAGGAGCUGCAGUCAGUCCUGGAGGGGGUUGCAGAUGGGCAGGUCCCACCAUCAGCCAUAGAUCCUCGCUGGCUUCGGCCCACACCACCAGCCCUGGACCCCCAGACAGAGCCCCUCAUCUUCCAACAGUUGGAGAUUGACCAUUAUGUGGGCCCAGCGCAGCCUGUGCCUGGGGGGCCCCCACCAUCCCGUGGCUCCGUGCCUGUGCUCCGCGCCUUCGGGGUCACCGAUGAGGGGUUCUCUGUCUGCUGCCACAUCCACGGCUUCGCUCCCUACUUCUACACCCCAGCGCCCCCUGGUUUCGGGCCCGAGCACAUGGGUGACCUGCAGCGGGAGCUGAACUUGGCCAUCAGCCGGGACAAUCGCGGGGGGAAGGAGCUGACUGGGCCGGCCGUGCUGGCCAUGGAACUGUGCUCCCGAGAGAGCAUGUUUGGGUACCACGGGCAUGGCCCCUCCCCGUUCCUGCGCAUCACCGUGGCACUGCCACGCCUCGUGGCCCCGGCCCGCCGUCUCCUGGAACAGGGCAUCCGUGUGGCAGGGCUGGGCACGCCCAGCUUCGCGCCCUACGAGGCCAACGUCGACUUUGAGAUCCGGUUCAUGGUGGACACGGACAUCGUCGGCUGCAACUGGCUGGAGCUCCCAGCCGGGAAAUACACCCUGAGGCUGAAGGAGAAGGCUACGCAGUGCCAGCUGGAGGCGGACGUGCUGUGGUCUGACGUGGUCAGUCACCCACCGGAAGGGCCGUGGCAGCGCAUUGCGCCCUUGCGCGUGCUGAGCUUCGAUAUCGAGUGCGCUGGCCGCAAAGGCAUCUUCCCUGAGCCUGAGCGGGACCCUGUCAUCCAGAUCUGCUCGCUGGGCCUGCGCUGGGGGGAGCCGGAGCCCUUCCUACGCCUGGCGCUCACCCUGCGGCCCUGUGCCCCCAUCCUGGGUGCCAAGGUGCAGAGCUACGAGAAGGAGGAGGACCUGCUGCAGGCCUGGUCCACCUUCAUCCGUAUCAUGGACCCCGACGUGAUCACCGGUUACAACAUCCAGAACUUCGACCUUCCGUACCUCAUCUCUCGGGCCCAGACCCUCAAGGUACAAACAUUCCCUUUCCUGGGCCGUGUGGCCGGCCUUCGCUCCAACAUCCGGGACUCUUCAUUCCAGUCCAAGCAGACGGGCCGGCGGGACACCAAGGUUGUCAGCAUGGUGGGCCGCGUGCAGAUGGACAUGCUGCAGGUGCUGCUGCGGGAGUACAAGCUCCGCUCCUACACGCUCAAUGCCGUGAGCUUCCACUUCCUGGGCGAGCAGAAGGAGGACGUGCAGCACAGCAUCAUCACCGACCUGCAGAAUGGGAACGACCAGACCCGCCGCCGCCUGGCUGUGUACUGCCUGAAGGAUGCCUACCUGCCACUGCGGCUGCUGGAGCGGCUCAUGGUGCUGGUGAAUGCCGUAGAGAUGGCGAGGGUCACUGGCGUGCCCCUCAGCUACCUGCUCAGUCGUGGCCAGCAGGUCAAGGUCGUAUCCCAGCUGUUGCGGCAGGCCAUGCACGAGGGGCUGCUGAUGCCUGUGGUGAAGUCAGAGGGCGGCGAGGACUACACGGGAGCCACUGUCAUCGAGCCCCUCAAAGGGUACUACGACGUCCCCAUCGCCACCCUGGACUUCUCCUCGCUGUACCCGUCCAUCAUGAUGGCCCACAACCUGUGCUACACCACGCUCCUUCGGCCCGGGACUGCGCAGAAACUGGGCCUGACUGAGGAUCAGUUCAUCAGGACCCCCACCGGGGACGAGUUUGUGAAGACCUCAGUGCGGAAGGGGCUGCUGCCCCAGAUCCUGGAGAACCUGCUCAGCGCCCGGAAGAGGGCCAAGGCCGAGCUGGCCAAGGAGACAGACCCCCUGCGGCGCCAGGUCCUGGAUGGACGGCAGCUGGCGCUGAAGGUGAGCGCCAACUCCGUAUACGGCUUCACUGGCGCCCAGGUGGGCAAGUUGCCGUGCCUGGAGAUCUCACAGAGCGUCACGGGGUUCGGACGUCAGAUGAUCGAGAAAACCAAGCAGCUGGUGGAGUCCAAGUACACAGUGGAGAAUGGCUACAGCACCAGCGCCAAGGUGGUGUAUGGUGACACCGACUCCGUCAUGUGCCGAUUCGGCGUGUCCUCGGUGGCUGAGGCGAUGGCCCUGGGGCGGGAGGCCGCGGACUGGGUGUCAGGUCACUUCCCAUCGCCCAUCCGGCUGGAGUUUGAGAAGGUCUACUUCCCAUACCUGCUUAUCAGCAAGAAGCGCUACGCGGGCCUGCUCUUCUCCUCCCGGCCCGACGCCCACGACCGCAUGGACUGCAAGGGCCUGGAGGCCGUGCGCAGGGACAACUGCCCCCUUGUGGCCAACCUGGUCACUGCCUCACUGCGCCGCCUGCUCAUCGACCGAGACCCCGAGGGCGCGGUGGCUCACGCACAGGACGUCAUCUCGGACCUGCUGUGCAACCGCAUCGAUAUCUCCCAGCUGGUCAUCACCAAGGAGCUGACCCGCGCGGCCUCCGACUACGCCGGCAAGCAGGCCCACGUGGAACUGGCCGAGAGGAUGAGGAAGCGGGACCCCGGGAGUGCGCCCAGCCUGGGCGACCGCGUCCCCUACGUGAUCAUCAGUGCCGCCAAGGGUGUGGCCGCCUACAUGAAGUCGGAGGACCCGCUGUUCGUGCUGGAGCACAGCCUGCCCAUUGACACGCAGUACUACCUGGAGCAGCAGCUGGCCAAGCCCCUCCUGCGCAUCUUCGAGCCCAUCCUGGGCGAGGGCCGUGCCGAGGCUGUGCUACUGCGGGGGGACCACACGCGCUGCAAGACGGUGCUCACGGGCAAGGUGGGCGGCCUCCUGGCCUUCGCCAAACGCCGCAACUGCUGCAUUGGCUGCCGCACAGUGCUCAGCCACCAAGGAGCCGUGUGUGAGUUCUGCCAGCCCCGGGAGUCUGAGCUGUAUCAGAAGGAGGUAUCCCAUCUGAAUGCCCUGGAGGAGCGCUUCUCGCGCCUCUGGACGCAGUGCCAGCGCUGCCAGGGCAGCCUGCACGAGGACGUCAUCUGCACCAGCCGGGACUGCCCCAUCUUCUACAUGCGCAAGAAGGUGCGGAAGGACCUGGAAGACCAGGAGCAGCUCCUGCGGCGCUUCGGACCCCCUGGCCCUGAGGCCUGGUGACCUUGCAAGCAUCCCAUGGGGCGGGGGCGGGACCAGGGAGAAUUAAUAAAGUUCUGGACUUUUGCUA